AUGAAAUGGUCUUUUCUGUUUUGCUGUGGACUGGCCGCUGCGUCAGCUCUCAACAAACCUCCAAUUAAGAAGUUCGAGCUUGAUCUUACUUGGAGCAGUCGAGCGCCGGAUGGUGUUGAGCGAAAACAAAUCUUGGUCAAUGGACAGUCUCCUGGGCCCCCUCUCAUCAUUGAGGAGGGCGACGAGGUUGAGGUGACAGUCAACAACUUCCUACCGUUUAACACUACAGUCCAUUACCAUGGAAUUGAACAACAGGGUACAUCUUGGUCAGAUGGCGUGCCUGGCGUGUCUCAAAAAUUGAUUGCACCUGGGCGUAAAUUCGUUUCAAAAUUUACUGCCACGCAGUAUGGAACAUAUUGGUACCACUCGCACUCCAGAGGGCAGAACAUGGAUGGUCUUUACGGAGCGAUCUACAUCAGACCCCGAGAGAUCCCCGAAAGCCUCGUAAAUGCAAUUUCCAACGACAGUCUGGCUCGUUCCCAGAUCCAAAAGGCAUUCCAAGACCCACAGUUGCUCAUGAUAUCUGACUGGUUUCACAACACAUCCGAAGAACUUCGCCAGAUCUCGCUAUCUGCAAACAUUGACACCCUAUGUGUGGAUUCUAUCUUGAUCAAUGGCAAAGGAAGAGUGCGCUGUGUCGAUCCAGGCUAUUUGACCAGUCUAGUACCUCCUCCUUUGUCACCUCUCCUUCAAGGCCAAAAUUUCACAGCAAAGGGAUGUCUCCCCACCCACAAUACCUUUGCUCAAAUGACCUCGACCCACCACUUUAACAAAUUACCACCAUCCCUUUUUGACCAAUGCAAUGCGACGAACACACCAGAAGAGGAGAUAAAGGUUGAUCCCCACGAUGGGUGGAUGAGUCUUAACUUGAUAGGCGCCGCAUCCAUCUCAACCCUCACAUUCUCUCUCAACAACCAUUCCCUGUGGGUAUAUGAGGUUGAUGGCCAAUACAUCGUGCCAACUAAAGUUGACGCACUCACACUAACCAACGGUCCCCGUUACUCCGUACUUGUUGAGUUAAACAACAAGCCUGGUGACUAUAGAAUGACACUAGCAAAUGCAGGGCUCAAUCAGAAGAUCGCCGGAUACGGCGUGUUUUCCUACAUCAAUGGCGAUCCUUCUGUGGUAGGAACAUCAUCACUCAACUACGGCGGUGUCCCGAGUCCGCAUGCCAUCCUGCUAGAUGAAAAUACCGUCAAGCCAUUGAUCCCAAACGCACCAGCUGCGAAAGCAGAUUCAACAUUCCUCCUUGAAAUCGGUCGUAUUGAGAAAGCCUGGAAAUGGUACCUCAAUGGAGAUCAUUCAUACGACUUGUCAUUGGAGACGGAAAAGCCUCUGUUGUGGGACUAUCAAUCACGAGAAAAUAGCAGCCUAGUCAUAACAACCAAGAACGGAACCUGGGUGGACAUCAUAUUUGAUGUCACUGGGAACAAGACGACACUCCAGCCAGGUCAUCCGAUUCAUAAACACUCCAACAUGGUCUACGUUCUGGGCGCUGGAUCUGGAAAGUUCAAUUGGACCACCGUCGAAGAAGCAAGAAAGGAUAUCCCAGACAUGUUUAACCUGGUGGAUCCGCCGAAAAGAGGUGUGUCAUUUCAAUUAUGGAAACAUCAGAGUGGCGGCUCACAGGUCAUUCCAGAUACAUUUACAACACUGCCUGCCCUGAAAGGUCCGAGCUGGAUGGCAGUUCGAUACCAUGUUCAAAAUCCUGGGCCCUUUUUGAUCCACUGCCACAUUGAUCCCCAUCUAACAGGUGGAAUGGCACUCGCCAUGCUUGAUGGCAUAGAUGCAUGGCCUGAGAUUCCUGAGCAAUAUGGCCCGACUGGUGAAUGGGGCAAUGCAACCGAACGACAGUGA